AUGGACAUUUCUCUAGCAUUAUUGCCAUGGAAGGUCCUCUGGAAUCUACAGAUGCGUACCGCGGAGAAGAUCGGAGUUGGUCUUGCCAUGAGUCUGGGUAUCUUGGCAGGAGUCACCUCUAUUCUCCGAGCCAGAUAUGUCGAGCAGCUCCAAACCCAGGAUCUAUCUUACCAAGCGUAUAAAUCCGUCAUUUGGUCAACAGCAGACACUGCCAUGACUGUUGUUGCCACGUCCAUCCCGGUACUCCGUGUCUUCUUCAAGCAAGCAGUCAACACGGCCAUCUCAAAUUACCACAACUCAACAAACCGAAGCGGCAAAUCGAAAUCUACUGGGACUGGAAGCACUCCUUCCAACCCUUCCAACAACGCAAGCACCCUUGCGAAUCACAGUGCACGACGAUUGAACAAGAACACAUCACGUACAUUGGGGAACACGAGCACAGAUUCAUUAUUCAAAGACGACGACGACCUGGAGCGUGGCCCCAAGGAGGGUUACAUUGAGUUGGACGAUCUCAUUGUUGACGAGAAGACUGGAAGGGUUUCGGCUGCAACACCCGAGUCAUUGCCAGAGUCCAUGUCACGGGCACACCUACACGGUGACAAUUGGCCCUUGGCAGACCACAUUCAGACGCACAUAGAAGACAUACGGAGGCUGUAA